AUGGAAGGACUUCAAGCCUUCGGCCCUGUGCAGGAAGAUGGAGCUGCGCCAGUCAUUUUCGCAGCAGAGCCCAUUCCACAAAAUGCGCUCAAUGCCAUGAUCCAGAUGAAUGACAACAUUGCUAGACAACAAGCAGUACACGAAAACGAAGGACUGGGCAUCCCUACAGAUGGCCAGGUUCAAUUGGUCACGGAACGUUGCCAGAUGUUGAGGCACAAGUGUACCCCAGCGCAGUACCUAUUUUUAUUGCGCCAGCUUCAAGCCUACAACUACGAGAAGCUAUUGAAGCCGCCGGUCUCGCUCAAUUUAUUUCCUUUAGCGCUAGUAGCAGCUUUUCGAUGCGCGCAAAUCAUCGAUGAUGUCGACGCCAACACAUUGCAAGAGACAAUGAUGAAGGCGGUAACGGGCUCGUUCGAUCCUAAAAGUACCGAAACAAAACUUUCUCUGGCUGCUGUUUAUGAUUUGUUUAACUCGUCGAUGAAAGCAAAUCUUGCUCACCCCGCACCAGUGGCCCCAGGGCCAAAUGUGCAGCAGAGGCAACUACAGGCGACAAUCGUAGGCAACGUCCUUCCAGACCUCAUCUCAAACGUGGCGAUUGAGAAGAGGCGAGCUGGCCUUGAAGCAGAACUAGCGAAAAAAAUGAAGAAUGAAGUAGCGCAGAUGGUGCAGCACCAAGUGGCAGCCAAGACAAAGCAGCUCGAAGCUGAGAUUCGGAAUCUCAAAAUGGCAAACAGAGGAUCCCAUAGAGGAGGUAAAUCAAGGUCUAGAUCGAGGGGCAGAGCCGACGGAGAGGAGAAGCAUAAAGGUCGCUACAAACAGCCAGGAGAACUAGUGUGCCUCAAGUGGAUGAAGGGACAGUGCAAGGGGAAAAAUUGCCCAGAGGGACGGCAGCACUUUGGAGACUUGAAAAGACUGGAAUUCGUGAAUAAGGAUAUAUUAAAAGGAGCUUUAUCAAGUGAAGAAGUCAAAAAGUUAGCAAAUCAAUGA